CUCUUACCGCUCUCUAACCUAGUCCAACAAUGAGCUCUGCUGAAUACCACUAUCCCGUGAUUGGCCGCAAGGGUACUCGAGGAGUAUUCGAUCGCUUGCCCAUCCAGACGCUGCAGAAAGACCAUCCCCACCAAUUUACAUUGUUCAUCCUUGCGUUCAAUGCGAUCCAGCAGCGUUCAGAUGGUUUCGAGGUUGUCGAAGAGCCUGCGGCCACCUUCAUGGAAAUUGCGUCAAUUCACGGCAAGCCUUAUGUUGAAUGGGCUGGCGACCGCAACAAGGACAUCUCAGCUGACUAUAGCGCCACUGACAAGAAAGAUACCAACCCUGUUCCUUCCAGAUUCGGAGGUUAUUGCAACCAUGGCGCCGUUGUUUUUCCUACCUGGCAUCGCCCAUACGUCAUGCUUAUUGAGCAAUCCAUCGGAAACAUCGCUGAACAAUUGGCCCACGACAUUGAAACUAAGAACCCGGGAGAAAGAGGACAGUGGGUCAAGGCUGCCAAUGAACUGCGCUUUCCAUACUGGGACUGGGCCGACAAGGAUGUAGCCGAGAACGGCCUUCCUCCUGUUCUGUACGAAGAAAAGGUGGAAAUCGUACUUCCUGGAGGUAAAAAACAAAGUGUUGUUAAUCCGCUCUCAUAUUUCUCGUACGUUGGCGGAGUGCCAUCCGACUUCAGCGACGAGACGGAUAGCUCGACAGGACAAGUGGCGUAUUUCUCCAAGUGGAACAGGACGUACCGCUACCCUCCUAGUACCACGGACCCUGAAGGCAGCCAGAUAGACUUGUUGCAAAAGGCGUUCAAAGCCGGAGCAAAUGAUCUGAGACGCAGAGUCGCUCAUCUCUUUACGUUCAAUGAUGACGAGAAUUCCGCGAUAGCCUGGGACGACUUUUCUAACCACACCGCAGAAUCGAAGAGAGAUAUAGACUUCGUCAACCGUGGGUCGCUUGAAGGCGUGCACGACACUGUUCAUAACUUGCUUGGUGGAAAUGGACAAAUGAGUUACCCAGACUACGCUGGUUUCGACCCUAUUUUUUUCCUUCACCAUUCGAAUGUGGACAGACUCUUGGCUCUGUGGGAGUGGUGCUAUACCGAGUACUGGAUGGGAGACGGGUAUGAACACGAUGGGGAACAAUACCCUUGGACACAGGCGCGAGGCACAUACGCGCAAGUUUAUAACGAACAACUCCUUCCAGACGGACCACUCCAACCAUUCCGAACAGAACACGGAGACUACUGGACCUCUUCUCAGGCUCGAUCUUUGGAUAAAAAGGCAUACCCCAAGUAUUACUCGUUUCCCGAGUUUGAAGGCAUUAAGGUCGAUCAAGCUGCCGUAACAUCCCAAGAGCGUGCCUUAGCGCGCAAGAGGGUGCAAACCUUCUACGAUUUUGAUCCGCAAACCAAGGCGAAACAGGUGGCGUUGCGCAGUUGGAAUCAUUUGCCGGUUCCGAACAAGGAAGAUCCUGCCGUGCCAAGUGACCAUAACGUUAUUCCUCACUACCGCACAUUUGUUGUGCACGUGAAACUUCUGGAACAUGCGUACAACCGCUCUUACUCAUUCCAGCUCCACCAUAAAGGGAAUGCUCAUUCGAGUCCGCAAGUUGUAGGUACCGUCACGGUCUUUACACGGCCAGACCACUCUCCUUGUAAAGCAUGUGCCGUGCGUCGUGAGGCGGGAUCUAUUAUUCGCGGGAUGAUUCCCAUCCCUCCAGAAUUGAUCGGAAGUAUCAUCAAAUCAAACGGGGGCAGCGACUCAGGGACUACAUUCAGCCAGACCCUUGCUCACAUCAAGAGGGAGUUCGUCGGAAAGCUUGUGGAUGCUAGUGGCUCAGAGCUUGCUGGGGCUGAGGGAGGGCUGGAGGCACCCCAGGUUCCACAACACCGUGCCACCUCUCGCAGAGUUACUCCCGUGGAAAUUUCUCUGGUGUCGGCUGCUGUUGCUGAGCACGUAGAGGACGAGGAUCGACCUGUUUACCUAUGCGAUUGGCAGCACCAUGAAGCUGUUUUCAACAGUGGAUGGCUGGCGACUCACAAAGAUUCGGUCUGAUGCAGCAUGCUUGGAUGAGUCAACUUGUAAAAUACUUGAAUUUGAUUGGCCAAGAUCACCACGGUGUCGAAGUGUUUUAUCACUGUACAAUAUGUAGUAUGGAUAUUGCCAUUAUGAGAUUCAUGACUUGCCGA